GUCGGUUUGGACGGAAAGUAUUUUGGCGCAACAGAAAGCCUUCGGGUGCAGUGCUGGGAAGUGCGGAAGCGAAAAGUUUUGGAGUAUUUGUCGAGAGCGUCAAAACCUACCGCAGGCGACACUGUUGAUGACGGCUUGGAGCGGCUCGCUGACAUUGCGGACUACGCCCGAAGGAAGAAGGCCCA